AUGCUUACGCUGGAGAGAGCACCAGUUGGCUACAACCGUGCAACUGACCGCAACCAACGUCAGUGGUCACAGUCGACUCGGUUAUUCGGUGUUGGUUUUGAGUGCUUCACAGUUCGGUCACUAUACACACUUCCUCCCCACCCGAGCCGACCAAAAAAUCGAGGGGGAGGGGUGAAAUUUCAUUUAACCUCUUUAAUCCCCUUUUGUCUUCUUAACUUCUUUUCCUUUCCCCGAUUUUUGUAUUCACUCAUCAAAUCAGCCCCCUUUUUUCCCUUUGAAACCCUAAAAACCAUCUUGGCUUCUUCCUUGGUCCUCAUCAAUUGCCAUCGCCGAUCCCUUGCUGUCAUUGCCAUCCUCCUCGCCAGUCGCCAGUUGUCUCUUGCAGUUGCUGACUUGCUGUCAUCUUCCCUUUGUUCAAGCCUCAAGAUAUCAAAUGAAAUUGAGGAGAAUAUAAAUUUGGCAACCAAUGACUCAACAUCUACACCUCAAGUUCAUGCAAGUGCUACUGAAGGCAAUGCAAGAAGUGAAGUAGUAAGCUCUAAACCGCAGAAGCAAAAGGAACCAUCAAAGAUGUCAUCGCUUGUGUGGGAUCACUUCACAAAAUUUGUUGAUAACAAAGUUGCUUCAGAAUCCGCUUUUAGUACUGAUGGAUGUGUGCUUGAUGCAUAUAGGAGUUCUUUGACUCCUAAGAUCAUGCAAACACUUAUUUGUGCUCAAGAUUGGCUAUAUGGAAACACACGUGGUGAUCCGGAGCAGCUUGAGGAUGAUUUGGACGAGCUUGAUAAACUUGAUUUAGAUUUAACAAAGAUUACGUUAGAGCACAUAUGUGAGAUUGAGGCUGGGUCUGACUCUGAGUAAUGUGAUAUUCCUAUUGACUAUUUUCACAUUUCAAAAACAUGUUUUGGAAAAUCGCUAUAUUGGAGUUGGAGGUCCGAGGUCCAUCAAAUCUAUGUUUUGAAUUUUAGUAAUUUAUGUUGUUUCACUUUUGGUUAUAUAACUUCUAAUUUUUAUGCAUUUGUAGUAUGUACAAUUUAUUAAUUUAUGUUAUACUUCUCGGA